GAAGUGCUACUCAACCGGAAGUGAAGAUUUGUUAUACAACAAAAUUCUGCGCAUGUAUUUUAGAUGAAUUCUGCUGCACAUAAAAUAUAUCAGAUAUUUUUUCACCAAACAGCUUAGUUGAGAAAGUCAAGCUUCUUAAAAUUUGCUUAAAAUAUUUAAAAAUUUUAAGUAUUAUAUACAGAGAUGGCGACUUUAUGGAUGGGCGAUCUGGACACCUACAUGGACGAGGUGUUUGUGACCAAUGCCUUUGCUGCUAUGGGUGAAUCAGUGGUUUCAGUGAAGAUGAUCAAGAAUAGGACGACUGGGGCCCCUGCAGGAUAUUGUUUUGUUGAGUUUUCUGAUUCUGCCUCAGCUCAAAGAGCUUUAUCCAAGCUGAAUGGGUUACCUGUGUCUGGUACUAACCCUGUGAAGAGAUACAAGCUUAACUGGGCAACUUAUGGAAAGGAAUUAUCAAACUUAGGACCAGAAUAUUCUAUAUUUGUUGGUGAUUUGACACCAGAUGUCACGGAUAGUGUUUUACAGGUGUUUUUUCAGCAAAGAUUUCCUUCUUGUAAGGCUGCUAAAGUUGUACUAGAUGCUGCUGGGAAUUCCAGGGGUUAUGGAUUUGUACGAUUCUUUGAUGAAAAUGAACAUAAAAAAGCAAUGACAGAAAUGCAAGGGGUAGUUGGGUGCGGAGGAAAACCACUUAGAGUCAGUGCUGCGACACCAAAAAGACCACAAACUACUGUAACAACACAAGCAUAUGGGGCCACAGCGACAGCAACUCAGUAUAAUGCCCAGUAUGCACAGCAAUAUCAACAACAAUAUCAACAGUACAUGCAAGCCUGGCAGGGCUAUCAGUAUCAGCAACCAAACUACUAUCAACAAUAUCCACAGUAUGGGACAAACAUGUAUGGACAGGACUAUCUACAUCAAACUACUCAGUCAUAUGAACAAGACCAGUCAGCUAUGAUGGCUGUAGACACCAGUGUUGAAGAUCCCAAUGAGCCCAUCGAUGUUGCAGCAGAAAAUAAACUAAUGGCUGAAACUGAGGCUGAACUGUUCUAUGAGCUAGAAGGUUCAAGAUGGCAACCUGUGGAAUCUCUGUCACCCAGCCCUAAAAUGCUCACUACAUAACAAUUUAACUAGCAAAACUGGACAUUUUAUUAAGUUAUAAAUAUUAUUACAAAAAGUGAAACUUGUUUAAGAAAUGAAAUAUUGACCUAAGUCGUCUUUAAUUAACCAGGUUAAGUCAGAUAUUAUUUAAAAGCUCACGAAAGCCUGGCAUGGUCCACAACUGCAGAUCAUGGACAUGCGUCAUUUGUUAUUCAAACUUAUUUACUGGGACCAAGGACGGGACCAAGGUAAACAGUGUGUUUUGUGGUCCGAAGAAGAAUGUUUCAGACACAAAAAGACACUGCUUUCCCAAGUAAAGGUUCUAGUAAAGAAGUGAUUUUUUAAUUUAGCCAUUCUGAGGUUGAGGAAAAAUCUGGGACAGGGAAUGCAAUGCAUUGUGAGUGUGUUAUGAAACACAAUUAUUUUAUUUCCGGAAUGGCAUCGAUUUCAUCAGGGGCAGAUCCAGGGGAGGUUUGGCUUUGUGCCCCUACUUCGAAGAUAACCAAUACUGCUUUUUCCCUUUGAUUCAAAGUGGUGCACCCCUCCCUGGGUUAACCUUGUGCACAGCACCCCUCUCUGAACAAAAUCCUGGAUCCACCCCUGUUCAUUCACUAAUAAAAACAAUCCCACAAUGCACUGUAUUGCUAACUUGACCCAUUCCUCUCUGAACUUUGGAAUGUUUAAUAUACCAAGUGUCAACGAACAAUUUUUUUCAAGUUUUGGUGAUUUAUCACUUCACAGGGACUGCCAAGGAAGGGGGAAUUUUUCAGACUUUUUACAUUUUUAACCCCAAUGUCAAAACUUCCCGGUCCUUAUUUUGGUUUUGUUAGUCAGUGUUGAAUAAGCCUUGAAAAAGUGAAAUAAUUCGUGUCGCUAAUUAAGAUCCAAAGUGGUUAUCUAGUUUAUUAUGAAAAAUACAAAGGAUUAUUUGAUAUGAAA